UUGGUCGGUCAUGCAUCAACUAAACUCCACAAACUUCAAUUUGGUCUAUCCAUGGCGACUCUCUUCCAUUCAUCACUUCAUCGGUUUCAUCCUCUUUCAUCAUCAUCACCAUCAUCUUCUUCUACAGCGUCUGUGCAUUCUUCUCUUUCCUCUUUCAGCGUUCUUCCUCCCUUUCAAUACCCUAGAAUUUCUCAACUCCUGCUUCUGUCCUCUUCGAAAUUCCAACUAUUCCACUCAACCAAGCUUUUCUCCCAUCCCGUUUUGCUAUUUGCUGGGUUCGAAACCCCUCCCGACACUCAAACAUUUAUCGCAACGAUAAGCGUUUUGGCUGCCAUUUCCAUCUCACUAUUCCUUGGUCUAAAGGGAGAUCCAGUUCCUUGUGAGAAAUGUGCAGGAAAUGGUGGAACAAAAUGUGUCUUUUGUAACGAUGGUAAGAUGAAGAAAGAAACAGGCCUGACUGAUUGCAAGGUUUGCAAGGGCGCAGGAUUAGUACUCUGCAAGAAGUGUAGCGGUUCUGGAUAUUCAAGGCGUCUUUGAACUGCUGAUUCCAAGGCAUCGUCUUGUCUCGUGUAUUUUUGGUCUGUAAGGAUAUUCUUCUGUAAAUCUCCUUCUUAAUCCUAACAAUGGAAAAAGAAAAAAGGAAAUAAAAUUUUCUUUGUGCAUG